AUGCCUCCACGCCGAAGCGCACGCGGCAAGGGAAAGGAGAAACUUAGCGACGAUGAACCGAUGGAAGACCCCCCGUAUGUCGCAUGGAUGAAGGAGCAGCAAAAGCAGGGGAAGCCGUCCCCUUCCAUCAAGCGUAUUGCAAAGGCAAAGCGCGACUCUGCUGGCGCCAGCACUAGCAGCGGUCCUGGGCAUGACGACGACGAAACUAGGGCCGACACGGACGUCAGCGACGACGAGCUUGAGGAGAUCGUGUCGGAAUCGGACAGUGAUGCCGAUUCCGACAACUACAAGGCCGGCAGUGACGACGAAGAGGAAGAUUCGGACGGUGCCGAAGAAGGAAGCGGUGACGACCGCAGCACACGUCGAUCGAAGAAGGAGAAGCGCCCGCCGGCGACGCGCAACAAGCGGGUGUGGUCGGACGCAGAGCUGACAUCACUCGCGGCCGCUCGUUGGAACACGAAGGACGACCUGAAGGCGAUGCAAGGGAAGCAAGGGAGCCAGUACUGGAAGAAGCUGCGAGCUCAUAUGGUUGAGAGGGACGCCACGUGGGCCCGCGAUGAGGGGCAAAUGUCGAAUGCGUGGAAACGUCUCGAGAAAAAGUACCUGAAAACGAAAUGGUCGGAGACGCAAAGCGGGGGGAAAGCUAUCAAGAAGAAGCCGUGGUGGGAUUACGUUUAUCAUCUCAAGAAACACUCGGCUAAAGCCAAUGCCCACGCACUGGACGGAGGCGGUGCCGCUAACGUUGACGUCCCUGCGCGGAUAGACGAAACCGCCACAAUGGCAACAGCUAAGCUUGUGAGCGACGCCAUUCAUUCCUCCAACGCGAUGGCGUUGCGCCAGCUUCAAGACUCGACGCGACUACUUGUCAGCGCCAUGAACAUGGCGGCGAUGCAGGCUGGCUUACGACAGCAGAUGGCCAGUUCGCCCGUACCACCUGCGGCGCCCGCGACUACGCCGCCACCAGCACCGCCUGCAGACGCAAGCGACGCCAACAUGGCGGGGUCGGAGGAUGUGGCGGAGCAGCACGAGCCUUAG